AUGGCCAUGGCAAUGGAUGCGGGCCUGCUGCCCACCAUCAAAUGCUCCAAUUGCGGCUUGAACGUUGAGAUCAUGUCCAUGGGGGACCACAUCUGUCCGCCUGCUGGGUUCGAACCACCACCGCCGCCGCCAAAGGAGGAUGCCUGGGCGGCGAAAGUCCCUAGAACGGGACCUCCCCCCCGCAUUGACCCGGCUGCAGCCAACCGGCCGUUUAUGCAGGUGGACGGGGGCAUGAAUGAUGAUAGCCUGACCCCCGCGCCACUCUCAACUGCCGCGGCGCAGCGCUCGUUUACGCGCCGACCGCUGCCCGACUCCCCGGAUUCCCCAGAUUUUGGCUUGGGCGCCUCGUUGAAUGACUUCCCCAUGCCGCGGUCCAUGUCCCUCCGGCGCCCGGGGACUAGCGAUCUGAAAGAUGCCAAUUCCGCCCCUCCAGUUCCCUCGCUGCCCUAUCUCAAUGCAAUGCCUACCCCGUCCGCGGCCCACGAUCCGCCACGGAGUGCCAAUCUGCCGCUCGAGGAGGAUGACCUUCCGCCGCUUCCCGUGGCCAAGGACCAUGGCCCUCCCAUGGGCGUGUCUCACCGAUCGGGACCCUCCAUCGACAGCAAGAGUAGUUAUCGCACGUCCUUCGCGAGCUCCCGCUACGGCGACAUCAGUGACAAGCGGUUGACCACCUACUCCAGCCGAAUCGCCUCGUUUAGCAGUGUUGCGCAGCCGUACCGCUACGAGGACGUCCCGCCCAUCCCCACGGAUGCCAUCCGCAAUGCCCUGCACGAGUCGGCCUUUUCGGACUCGAGCAUGUCCGGAGGCUCCGUGAGGCAUGACAGUCGUGGCGACAGCGUGGGCAGCUUCGACCUGGGCCAUGGGCCGGACCACGGGGGCGAGCGCCUUGGUGACCGGUUGGAGCCCGACCGACAUCGCCCCAGUCCAUUGCGGGUCGCGUCGAAUCCAGGCUCAGAACGGUCGAGCACCUCUCGUCGCUCCGACGAGCUGUUCUUCCGGAGCCCCUCGCACAGCAUGCACGGUGCCCCGCAUGAUCUGCCCGACGAGUCGGAUCAUCGCUCCAAAUCUCCGGCCGACACGCCGGCCGACUACCGAGCGUAUAAAGCUGCCGAGUCGGGCCAUCUCCAGCCCAACCACCCGGACAGCCCGAACGAUCCCCACACGGCCCAGCGGAAGAAUUCCGACGCCACUAGCGACAGCGGCCUGUCCAUGUCCAACUUCGCGCGGGCGCUGGGCCUGGAAAGCAACCACACCGUGACCAGUUCCACGGCCUCGUCGGACGUGUCACCCUCCGAGAGCCGGAGCGGCACGUCUCUGUCUAGUCUCCCGUCCGAAGCCAGUCUGUCGCGGCGAAAGCCCUCCGACCAAGGCCGACUGGGACCGGUGCUGGAAGAGCUGCAGACGCAGGGCCCGCCGCUGGGGCAGAUCCACGAAAGCCCAACCGACUUGGAACCGCCCAAGAUCCCCGCCGGCGCCAAGAUGGCCCCCGAUUCACCGACGGACCCGGCCCUCGGCCAGGGCAGUCUAGCGCUACGCCGGGAGCAGUCGCGCGAGACGGACGGGAGCCUCUCACCGGGCCCCAAUAGCGGCAUCGCGCGGUCAGCCACGGAGCCGCUCCCGGGGGUCUCGCCGACCCCCCGUCCCAAGGGCCGAUGCAAGGGCUGUGGCGAGACCAUCAUGGGGAAAUCCAUCUCCUCCAAAGACGGCCGCCUCACCGGCCGGUACCACCGCAACUGCUUCGUCUGCUUCGACUGCAAGGUGCCCUUCCAAACAAUGGACUUUUACGUCCUCAACGACCUCCCCUUCUGCUCCCAGCACUACCACGAGCGCAACGGCUCCAUGUGCCAAACCUGCCACCAGGGCAUCGAGGGCCAGUUCCUCGAGACCAUCGAACGCCGCGGCAUGGGUCCCGUCGACCGCGUCCGCUUCCACCCCGACUGUCUCACCUGCCGCACCUGCAACGUCAUCCUCAAGGGCGAAUACUUCGAGUGGAACGGCCUGGCCUACUGCGAGCGCGACGCCCGUCGCGCAGCAGCCUCCGUCUCCCCGCACCGCUUCCGCCGAGGAGGACCCCCCGGGCGCGGCCGCGGCCUGCGCCCUCCCCCGGGAUCAUUCGACGGACCGUACGGACGGCCGAACUCCCCUCUGAUGCCACCACCGGGCGCGCGUCGCUUCCCCGAACGACGCACCACCCGACUGAUGAUGAUAUGA